AUGGCGGCGGCAGGGUGCUCCACCGAGGGGACUUCUCGUCGACUGCAAAGUCACGUCAAGUUGCUUCGGUCGAUGGAAGGAGACGAAAUGUUGCGCUGCGUCCGAGCUGUCACUCAACGCCAGCCGGUAGGUCGGUUGACGCGAGGCUAUGCUGCACCUGCUGCCAAGGCCCCUGCCAAGGCCAAGGACAAGAAAGGCGGCCCCAAGGUCGUGGACGAAGUGGUCGACGUGACCAAAUACGCCCCUGUGAACAUCCUCAAGGACAGCACGCACCCGGAAUUGAAAGCUCGUGAGGAAUACCCCGAGUGGCUGUACACGCUGUUGGAUCCCAAGCCGACGCUGGGAGAACUCGAACGCAAAGGAUACGACAACCUCGAAUCCAUGACGGACAAGCGGCGACUGAUCAAACUGUCGUACCGAAAAGCCAUCAAGGAAAAGAACGACUCCAAGUCCAAGAAAUAGAUUUGUAUAGGUAGAAUAAUGCACACGACAAUGGAAAUCAUGCUACUUGUCCAUA